AUGGCUGAAGAAGCUAAGGAGACAAAGGAGUCCAAGGACAAUCUGAAGACGGCCCAUGGUCCAAUAUCGGCGAUGCAUCCACCGCAGUCAAGCACUCCUAAGCACGAGCCGAGGAUAGCUCGUUUUACUGCUUCCAUACUGGUGUUAUGGACAUUGGGAGUAUCUCAGAUGAUUAGUCAAAGGCUAGCUAGCGGUGCAACAUUACCUAUUGCUCAGCUGCUAUUUGUCUUCCUUUGUGCCUAUACGCAUGAGUGGAACUAUGUACACGGGGAAGGUCUGACGAGAGCCAGAAGAGCCUAUUUCGACAUUGUGAACGUGCUAGAGACGUAUCAAACCCGUGCAAGAACGAUGGGACACCUAUUUGAUCCGGGACCACCUACACCUAUGGUUUCGUUCAGCAAAGAAAAGGUGGAAGGUGAAGACAGGCCAGGCGCUACUCAUGAAGCCAGUACUGAAAAGACCGACUUCACCCUCGCUCGAGAUGCCCAUUACGCUAACAUGUAUCAAAUUGCGAUGAAGUUCAAUAAGGAGCUGGAAAUGAUGCAAAAAAACCUUACCUCAACCUUUUUUCAGGCUGGGAUAGCUGAGAAAAAAGAUUCAAAAGAAUCAUCAGGCUCUGGCACCGACGCUGGCGCACCAAAAGGCUCGAAGAAAGAGAAGAAAAAAUCGAAAAAUGGCAGUAAAAAAUCAAACAGGUCAAAAGGGUCCAGGAAGAAAGGCAGUAAGAGUGGCAAGAAGAGUAGCAAGAAGGGCAGCAAGAGGGAGAGCAAGAAGGACAGUAAAAAUGGCGGCAAGAACAAUGAUCCGAUUAGCAGUGAUCGUAAUGUUAUGAAAAUGUAG